AUGGACCGUACGACGCUGUUUCUCUUUCUUUUAUUCUUGAUCGCACGCGUUAAUGGCCAAGAUGGGCCAAUAGUGCAGACUCUAAAUGGCUUGGUUCGUGGUACCUACAACACCACAAUAUGGAAGUCGAUGCCAUUUUCGUCGUUCAGGGGAAUCCCUUACGGGAAACCACCUGUUGGUGAACUCAGAUUUCAACCGCCAGUUCCUGUUGAUCCAUGGGGAGGAAUCCUGGAGGCCACUUCAACGCCCAAUCCGUGUCCACAAUUUGAGGAUAUGUCGCAAAUUCUGAUGGGUCGCGAGGAUUGCUUGUACCUCAACGUGUAUACACCUGUUACAAACUUCACGGGACCACUGAAGCUGAUACCAGUUAUGGUCUGGAUAUAUGGCGGCGGCUUCACAACCGGUCACAGCAACGACACCUUGUAUGGACCUCGCCUUAUGAUAGAACGCGACGUCGUUAUAGUUACCUUCAAUUAUCGCGUCGGUCCUUUAGGUUUCCUAUCGCUGAACGAUCCAAAAGCUCUGGGCAACGCAGGUCUGAAGGAUCAAUAUCUGGUCCUGCAAUGGGUGAACAAGAAUAUCGCCGCGUUUGGCGGAGAUCCUAAUCAGGUCACUAUAUUUGGGGAGAGCGCUGGAUCUGUAUCUGUUGGUUACCACGUAUUAUCAGAAAAAGCAGCUGGUCUGUUUUCGAAGGCGUUCUUAAUGAGCGGCACACCAAUGUGUGAAUGGUCCAUUCAAACGGCCGAAGAUAACUUGAUCAGUGCGCAGCAGCUUGCCCUUCUGCUCGGUUACGCGGCCCUAACUACCGAGGACCUGUUGGACUUCCUUCUUCAAGUGCCUGCUUUGGAUCUCGCAACCGCAACUGCAAAUCUGUCAAUGACGCAUCCACUUCCAUUCAGACCCGUCAUAGAGGACCCCGCGUUGGAUUAUUAUAACACGGCGUACAUAACAGAGUGUUCCGUGAUGAAGUAUCAUACUGGAAGGUUCAACAAAGUGCCAACGAUGAUGGGCUACAUGCACGACGAGGUGAUCUUCUUCCUCUACAUUUUCCUCCGAUCGGCAACUCCCAUCCAGGAUGCCAUCGCAUAUUUGGAAAAGAUGGAUAAAUCAGCCAGUAACGUGUUUCCUACCUUAGUAAACGUUACGGACGAAGUUGCGCUUGAGGUGUAUAAAAAGGUUGGAACAGACUUGUUCUUCAUAAGUCCGAUAGAUCUAACUCAGAAAAUGUUGGCUGCCAAUAACAGCGGCAAUCCCAUUUUCUUUUAUCGACAAUCUUACGAAGCACCUUAUUCAUGGCACAAGGAUUACCUGAGGAUACCCUUCAGUGGUGCUGCCCACUUCGACGACAUUCCGUACAUAUGGGAGACAAAUGCAAUACCAGUACCUACCGAUCUUAACGAUCCUUAUUACCAGUUCCUGCAAGCGAUGGUAGACAUGACCACCAAUUUUGCCAAGUACGGAAAUCCUACACCGGAAGGUAAUUCUCCGAUAGGCAUAACGUGGACGCCAUCAGGCGAGGAGGGAUUACAGAUAAAUCUGAACACCCUCUACACCGGAGCCCAGAGCAGCAACGUCGAAGAUCUCUUGGAUUACCUGAGUAAGAUCGAUCCUUUCACUGCUGAGACUGCUAAAUCGAACAUUCGAACGCUGAAAAUACUUGAUAUACUCUACUUUCAUAAUUACUCUACGUUAACCUUGAGCUUGAAUAUAUUCGCCUCAGACUAUAGAACCGGCGGUGUCGCUCAUUUCGACGACAUUCCACUUCUGUACGACAUGGUUCAUCUGCCAACACCCACUGAUCCGAACGAUCCUGACUAUCAGACCAGAUACAAGAUGGCCACUAUGUUCGCCAAUUUCGCAAAGUACGCAGAUCCAACACCGGCUAGUAACAAUCCGAUAAACAUAGCGUGGACACAAUCGGGAGUAGAUGGAUAUCAGAUCGACCUGAACGUAACGUGCACUAUGAACAACCGUUAG